AUGCAGAGACAGAAAUCCAUUCUCUCAUUUCUAAAGAGGCCCGCGCCGGAGGACAAAAAUUCCGGCGGAGGAGAACUGGAAGGCCGGCCGCCCUACUCUUUUCAGGGAAAAAAGCCUAAUCAAAACGCCGCCGUACUAAAUAAAGCUAGAGAUGUCUCGGAUGAAGAAAUAAGAGGAACAGAGACUCCACCGGAGAAGUUGCCUCGUCAGAUCUUCGCCGUCAAUGACGGCGAAAGCACCACCCCCACCAGGUCUUCUCUCUUCUCAAGCAUUAAGCACAAGUUCAUGAAACCCGACACCAGAGAAAAACCUUCCGCUGACAGGUUCCAUGCGAAUGAUACUUCUUCUGGCGCCUUCUCCCUUCCAAUAAAACAUGCUGUACCUGAAGAACUGGCCAAUGCAUGUUUAUUUCCUGAGCAUCUCCCCAAGAAAAAUGUUCACAAUGCCAAUGAAACCAUGUAUAAUGAAGGGGACAGAGAGUGCCCAUUCCUAAUAAAUAUUGAUGAUAUUUCUAGGCCAGUCACACCGGGCAUGGCAACUCUUGUCCCUCGUUUAAAGAGAGUCCAGGAGGACAUGUGUAAUUUCAAGGACAUAAGUGACUGUUUAUUACCGGAUGCUAGUAAAAGAACAAAACUUAGUCAGCUGUCCAAUAAGGCAAAUAAAGUUAACGAACAUGUCUCUGAAAUAAAUAGCAAGUUUGAAUGGCUUCAUCCUUCUCAAAUCAGAGAUGCCAACAAAAGAAAGCCAGACAAUCCUCUUUAUGACAAGAAGACGCUUUACAUUCCUCCUGACGAUUUGAAAAAGAUGUCAGCAUCUCAGAAGCAGUAUUGGGAUGUCAAACGUCAGUAUAUGGAUGUGGUCCUCUUCUUUAAAGUGGGAAAAUUUUAUGAGCUCUAUGAAUUAGAUGCUGAAAUUGGUCACAAGGAACUUGAUUGGAAAAUGACCCUAAGUGGUGUGGGAAAAUGUCGACAGGUCGGCAUAUCUGAGAGUGGGAUUGACGAAGCUGUUCAGAAGUUGAUAGCUCGUGGGUACAAGGUUGGGCGGAUGGAACAACUAGAGACAUCUGCACAGGCAAAAUCCAGAGGUGCUACUUCUGUUAUUCAAAGGAAGUUGGUUCACGUACUAACACCAUCAACUACUGAGAAUAAUAUUGGGCCAGAUGCAGUUCAUCUUCUAGCCAUAAAGGAGGAGGGCCAUUUGCUGGAGAAUGGAUCAACAGUAUUUGGUUUUGCAUUCGUGGAUUGUGCUGCUUUAAAAUUUUACGUUGGUUCCAUCAGCGAUGAUGCAUCCUGUGCAGCUUUGGGGGCUUUGUUAAUGCAAGUGUCACCAAAGGAAAUUAUAUAUGAAACAAGAGGGCUGUCCAAAGAAGGUCAGAAAGCACUUAAAAAGUACACAGUAGCUGGAUCAAAUCUGUCGGAAUUGAGUCCUGCUCAGCCUGGUCACGAUUUUGGCGAGGUCUUGGAAGUUAGAAAUCUCAUUCAGUCAAAAGGAUACUUCAGAGGAUCUUGCAUUAGGUGGGAUCAUGUACUUGAUGGAGUUAUGCAUGGCGAUCUUGUAUUAUGCGCUCUUGGUGGACUUAUAAAUCAUUUAUCCCGAUUUAAGUUAGAUGAUGCCCUUCAUAAUGGUGAUAUUAUACCAUAUGAAGUCUACAGGGGUUGCCUUAGAAUGGAUGGCCAGACGCUAGUCAAUCUUGAGAUUUUCAAUAAUAAUGCCGAUGGUGGCCCAUCAGGCAUGCAACUAUAUCUCUUUUUUGAAAUUUGUGCGGAUGUAGGCACUUUGUACAAAUAUCUUGAUAAUUGCAUGACAUCAUCUGGAAAGCGGCUCUUAAGGAACUGGAUAUGUCAUCCUCUCAAUGAUGUUGAGAAAAUAAACAGUAGACUUGAGGUAGUUGAGAAGCUGAUGUCACAUUCAGAUAUUAUGUUACUCCUUGCUCAAUCUCUUCGCAAGCUUCCAGAUUUGGAAAGGUUACUUGGGCGUGCAAAGUCCAGCAUGCAGUCUUCUGCUUUACUAUCGUUGCCCUUGAUAGGCAGCAAAGUAUUGAAACAGCGAGUAAAAGUGUUUGGAUUGCUAGUUAAAGGCCUACGAAUUGGGAUGGAACUGUUGAUGCUUGUACAAAAGGAAGGAAUUAUGGUCUCUUCAUUGUCAAAAGUCGUAUGCCUUCCUAUUCUAAGUGGAAGUGAUGGGCUCGAUAAAUUCCUUACCCAAUUUGAGGCAGCUAUAGAUAGUGACUUCCCUAAUUAUCAGAACCAUGAUGUCACAGACUCAGAGUCAGAAACAUUAGUAAUUCUGAUGGAUAUAUUUAUGGAGAAGGCCACCCAAUGGUCUCAAGUCAUACAUGCCAUAAACUGUAUUGAUGUACUAAGAUCUUUUGCAGUCACUGCUAUUUCUUCAUGUGGAGCUAUGUGUAAACCUAUGAUUUUGCCUCAUUCUAAAUCCGCAAAUUUGUGUGAAGAAGUCACAGGCCCUAUAAUUAAAAUGAAAGGGCUUUGGCAUCCUUACACCCUUGGUCAGUAUGGGGGAUUACCUGUGUCCAAUGAUAUCCAUCUUGGAGGUUACAGAAAUGAUUAUGUUCCUUGCACAUUGCUUUUGACUGGGCCAAAUAUGGGUGGAAAAUCGACCCUUUUGCGUGCCACUUGCCUUGCUGUAAUAAUGGCUCAGCUAGGAUGUUAUGUGCCUUGUGAAAUCUGCAUUCUUUCACUCGUAGAUACCAUAUUUACUCGGCUUGGUGCCACUGAUCGAAUCAUGACAGGCGAGAGUACAUUUCUGAUUGAAUGCACAGAGACAGCAUCGGUCUUGCAAAAUGCUACGCACAAUUCCCUUGUUCUUCUCGAUGAAUUGGGUCGAGGAACCAGCACCUUCGAUGGAUAUGCUAUUGCAUAUGCUGUAUUGCGGCAUCUAAUUGAGAAGGUGAAUUGCCGAUUACUGUUUGCCACACACUAUCACCUUCUCACUAAGGAGUUUGGUACUCAUCCUCGGGUUGCAAUGCAACAUAUGGCAACUUCUUUGAUACCAAAAUCUGAAAUGUCUUCUGGAGUCGAGCAGGAGCUAGUUUUCCUAUAUCGACUAGCCUCUGGAGCAUGCUCAGAAAGCUACGGAAUGCAAGUAGCUCUUAUGGCCGGGAUUCCUCGACUGGUAGUCGAAGCAGCUUCAAAGGCUGGUCAUGUUAUGAAAAAUAAGGUAAGAGAAAGUUUCGAGUCAAGUGAGCAAAGGGUAAAGUUCUCAACACUGCAUGAAGAGUGGUUGAAGGCCCUUCUAACAACUGCAAAGUCAGGUGAGACUAAUCUUGAUAAUGAUGCUUUUGAUACACUAUUUUGCAUGUGGCAUGAGUUGAAAACCUCUUACAAGUCACUUAAUUGA